UAAAAGACAAAUAAAGAAGUAAAGAGUUUUUAAGAGUAAUAUACCAAAGGAAUAUAUUUUGUUCAUUGUCCUAAAUGAAUAUAUCGCAAAUAUGUCAUCAAGUCAGCAUAAUCUCGUGCAGAGACGUAAAGUUACAAAACUCAAAGCAAUAAAAAAUUGUAAUUUACCGAACGAGACGGCAAUAACAACAACAACAACAACAACGACUGCAAUGAUUGCUGUUAACAGGUCGACAACGGAUUACAAAAACGAAAGACUUCAACGCUGUCAAGAAGGCAACAAACUUGAACAUCUUGUUGAUACAUCACGAAAAACGGCAUUCGCAUCUGCGUCGGCGUCGUCAAAAGCUUAUAGCACUUUGGCUACUGUGGCCGCGGCUGCUUUAUGCAAUGGCAAUAUUACCGCAUUCGUUAACUGUUGUCGUGAUGUGAAUUGUCGCCUUGAGACGACGGUAUGCGGAUGUCAAUCUUUUUAUGACAUUCAAAGAGAUUCUUGUGCCAAAGAAAGCUCCACAUUAUUAUGCACUAGUAAUUGCUCAUCUUCAUGUCUAGCGGAUUAUCAAAAUCAAGCGCAGCAGCAGCAGCAGCAGCAGCAACAACAACAACAACAACAUCCAGGAUUAGAAGAUGAAGAUUAUCAAGCGCCGACGGAGAGCGGAACGCGUUCUACGUCGAUUCGAGGCUCUGAAAAUAGUACAACUUUCUCUCAACAGCAGCGAGAGAAAUUUGUUGUACAACUACAAUUGGAUUUGUUCAGUUGGGCCCUUUUUCUAACAGCUUUCUGUACGCGUUUUUAUCGCUUAAACAUGCCGCGCGAUGUUGUCUUCGAUGAGCUGCAUUACGGUAAAUUUAUUUCGCAUUAUGUGCGGCAUAUUUUCUUCUUCGAUCAGCAUCCACCGUUAGGUAAGCAAUUGAUAGCCGCUUUCGUUAGCGGCAUUGAUUAUAACGGUAAUUUCACUUCUACACGCAUUGGCUCGCAUUAUUCGCAAAAUGUUCCCAUAUUUUGGUUGCGCUUUAUUCCCGCUUUAUUCGGCAGUCUUCUGCCCACCGCAGUCUAUCAUUUACUGCAUGAAUCGGGCAUUUCGCGGUGGUGCUCCCUUUUAGGCGGCCUCCUCAUCAUAUUCGACAAUGCCCUGUUAACACAAUCGCGUUUCAUUUUAAUGGAAUCCAUGCUAUUGUUUUUCGGUGUGCUGGGCUUGUGUAUGCUGCUUAAAUUUCAAAAAACAAAUAUCUCAAAGCCCGUCUGGAUAUUUUAUGGUAUCGCUGCCGCUUCUUUGCUAACCUGUGCUGUAUGCGUAAAGUAUGUAGGUUUUCUAACGUAUUGCUUAGCGGGUUAUUUGAUAGUCAAGCAUCUUUGGGAUCUUCUAUAUGAUGCAACAAUAUCGAAUCUCCAGAUUUGCCUACAAACGGUUUUGCAGUUUAUUAUUUUUACCGUACUUCCAUUGUGUUUGUAUUUGCUUGUAUUUUAUAUUCAUUUGCAAACCCUUUAUCGAGCCGGUCCACACGAUAGCGUUAUGACGAGCGCUUUUCAAGCAUCGUUAGAGGGUGGUUUGGCUUCGAUUACGAAAGGGCAACCGCUGAAAAUAGCUCAUGGCUCUCAAAUAACAUUACGUCAUACAUAUGGACGUACAUGCUGGUUGCACUCGCAUCCCCAUGUUUAUCCCGUUCGGUAUAUUGAUAAGCGUGGUUCGUCGCAUCAACAGCAAGUGACAUGUUACUCUUUUAAAGAUGUCAACAAUUGGUGGAUAGUUAAGAGACCAGAGCGGGACGAUUUAGUUGUAGAAAAUGAACCCGACAUUAUACGUCAUGGGGACAUAAUACAAUUGGUGCACGGUAUAACAAGUAGAGCUUUAAAUUCGCAUGACGUGGCCGCCCCGAUGACGCCACAAUGUCAAGAGGUCUCCUGUUAUAUCGAUUACGACGUCAAUAUGAAAGGCGAACUGUUGUGGCGAGUAGAGAUAUUAAAUAAAGAAUCGGAGGGAUCAAUCUGGCAUGCCAUCAAAUCAGAAGUGCGUUUAAUUCACGUAUCCACUGGUGCAGCAUUACGUUUUACGGGACGUCAAUUACCGGAAUGGGGUUUUAAUCAACACGAAGUCGCUGGCGAUCGUGUAAAAGACAAUAAAGAUGCUAUUUGGAAUGUAGAGGAGCAUCGUUAUACCAAAGAUCAAGAUGAACACGAACGUGAACAGCAGCUGCUUAAAGCUGAGAUGCUGCCAACUAAACCUACAAAGCUGACAUUUUUUCAGAAAUUCUUGGAAUUGCAAGCGAAAAUGUUUUGGCACGGCCCUCAAAUACAAAGCCAUAUGUAUAGUUCGGAACCAUUGGAAUGGCCUUUGCUUACUAAGGGCAUCGCUUAUUGGCUUGAUACAAAAUCCAAUGGUCAAAUUCAUUUACUGGGCAACGUGUUAAUUUGGUAUACCGGUUCAAUUGCGGUAUUAAUCUAUGCGGCACUGGCCUUAUUUUAUGUUUUAAGAAAACAACGUCUAUGCUACGAUAUCGAUUUUCAGGAAUGGCAACGUUUCGUAACAAUCGGUCAUAUUUAUUUUGUUGGCUACUUAAUGCAUUAUUUGCCAUUUUUCUUUGUAGAGCGCACAUUAUUCUUGCAUCAUUACUUGCCGGCGUUUCUAUUUAAACUAUUAUUGCUAUGCUAUAUUGUAGAGCAUAUCGAUUAUUUAUUUAGGCGAUAUUGUGGACAAUUGCGUUGGAUGGUGCAUUUGUAUCGUCUAUUAAUUUUGUUAUGGCUAAUCGCUGUUGUCGCUAUUUAUAUACGUUUCUUGCCCAUUAGUUAUGGUUUAAAAAAAUUAACUGCCGAUGAAGUUAGUAAGUUGCGAUGGAAAGAUACUUGGGAUUUUGUAUUGCAACGUGAUGCACUUUUAAACUGACUUAUAUAACACAUUUUGUAAAUAUGUAUACAAAGAUAUUGCAUUGUGUUUCGAUUUAAAAUUGAAAUUUAAUUUACUUAACAUAUUUUAGUUUA